AUGAGUUCUGGAGACCUAGUGUUGAAAUGGGCGUGGCCCAACCCAGAAGACUUACGCAACGCAGAAUUGACAUCGACUAGAGAAUCGGGAGAAGUGAAGGAGUUUCAGGCACGUCCUCCGUUCCCCAACACGCUACAGAGCCAUGAUCCAGACACCAUAUUCGUCACCUACUUCUUCCGCUUUAACCAUCACACCGGAAGGUUCGAGGAAGCUGGACGUCUUGACUGGUACCCCAGCUCCGAACGUGCUGGGUCGGUAUACUUUGGGGAGCGUCAGGUCCAGAUGAAUGCGUUGCACAGGAAGAAUAAGCCUACAAGUCGCUCGCGCAGAUUCAAGUCUAACAAGGGCAACGAGUACAAGUGGAAGAAAGGGAGCGACGCAGGGAUGCAGGAGCUAGACUUUGUUUGCGUGGAUUCUUGGCGACGAGUUGUCGGCAGAUGGUCGAACGAGUCACAAACCUUGACAAUGACUUCUGGUGGCUUCGCCAUCUUCGACGAGUUGGUGGUCACACUAUGGCUACAGAUUUGGCGAAGAGAGAAAGGCUUCUGGUAA